AUGGGUCUCCUUAGCCUCACUUCUCGAGAUGCCCUUGUUCUCGUGGCAGUGGGGAUAUUAUUUCUUUUCUUUUGGGAAAAGAAAACACCCAGAAUCACUCGCAAUGGCGAACGGCUUAGGAAGCCUCCAAACUCACUUCCACUGGUCGGAAAUGGAAUCAUCUUCCUCCAGCCUCGCCAACGUCUCUUUUCAUGGUUCCAUCGCUGCGAGCGUCUCUACGGCUAUGAAACGCUUCACAUCACUGUCCCGUCUCUACCACCGGGGGUGAUCAUUAACGACCCUCAGAACUUGGACUUCAUAUUUCGCAAUGAGGGUAUCUUUGAGAAGGGUGAAUUCUUCAAACAGCGUUCCUGGGACCUAUUCGGCCAUGGCAUCAUCAAUGUGGAUGGCGAAUUCUGGCGUCUCCAGCGCAAGGCGGGUCUGCGUUUCCUCUCUGCUGCGGCGUUGAAGACUUUGACAAACGAGCGGUUGCCGACAUAUCUAGGGCAGGCUAUAGAGGCGUUGGAAGGGAAAUCAGGUGGAGAGGAGGUGGUGGAUUUGCAGGUUGUCAUCCAUGAGGUGACGACACAGCUUAUGGGACGCAUGGCAUAUAACAUGGAAAUGCACGCCGACGACGACUUCACUGUUGCCUUUGAGCAUGCAUCGGGUGCUACUGCGGAGAGAUUCCAGAACCCUCUGUGGUUUCUUACAGAGAUGUUCACAGGAGCUCGGAUGCGACGCUCGAUCAAAAUUGUCAAGGCUUAUGGGAAACGCAUUGUCACUAGCGCAGUGGUUGAUCGCAAGGAAGCCGAGGGAAAGACUCAGUCUGAUGCACCGGGGAGUCUUAUUCAGUCUUUGCUCGAUUCAAUCGGCGACGAGGACCUCGUGGCUGAUGCUGCGCUGAACUAUCUCUCAGCGGGAAGGGAUACUGUUGCACAAGCCUUGACGUGGACUUUAUAUCUUCUCAUGAAGCAUCCGCAGGUGGCUACUAAGUUAUGUCAGUCCAUUCAGGGCUCACAAGAUGAGGCCGGUGAUCGAUCUCUCACAGAGAACGACCCAGAGCUUCUCACCCCAGCACGAUUACCCUACGUUCUAGCCGUGUUGUAUGAAUCUCUUCGCCUUCGUCCUCCCAUCCCCUUUGAGAUCAAGCAAGCCCAACAAGCAACAACUCUCCCCGACGGAACUUUCUUACCAGCCGGUGCUAUCGUGGUCUGGUGUGCUUGGGCGAUGAACCGUUCGCAUACCACAUGGGGCCCUGAUGCAGACGAUUUCCGCCCGGAGCGAUGGCUUACUACCUCACCCUCUGGCGACGUGACGGUUACGCAGCGCCCAGCAUCCGAGUUUCCCGUCUUCAACGGAGGACCGCGCGUAUGUUUGGGGAAGAAGAUGGCUGAACUGGUUGCGGUGCAAACGCUGGCGAGGCUAGUGCCUCUCUUCGACUUUAGGCCUGCUUUUGAGGGUGAAAGAGUGAGUAAGAGUAGUUUAACAUUGCCGAUGGAGGGAGGUUUGCCCGUGUACGUGCAUUCCCGGCCCUUGUCUGGCACAUCAUAG